UUAGAGGGCAGGAGACUACAGCAAAUGCUUUGAAAUGGAACAUACCAUCUGCAUUUAUGGGAAAGCCUCUGAUGUAACACAGUCCUGUGACUAUCCAAUGUGACCAGAUGGCAACAUCACACCGCUAGCACAGUAUAAUCAACAAUCCUCUUAAAGCUGCAACUAUGUCUGCCAGGGCCCCUGAUAGAAUGCAGAUGAUGACAGAACUGGUGAACGAAACUGAGGUCAGUUUACUUGAAUGCAAAGUGUGUUUUGAAAAAUAUAGCCAGAAGAAGAAACACCGGCCCAGGAACUUGCCCUGUGGACAUGUUAUAUGCUUGGAGUGUGUAUUCUCUCUAGCACACCCAAGGAAUUUUAGGUUGGAGUGCCCUUUCUGUCGAAGAGCUUGCAAAUCCUCAGAGACAAGUGACUGCUUACCAUUACUGCACCUGAUAGAGAUCUUAAGCCCUGCAACUAAUAUUCCUUUAGCUUCAGGAACAACAACUGGGGUAGGUGGUGAAGCAGCUGUAUCAGCAUCUCUAGGCUUAACAUUCAACCUUUCUUUCGGAGGCUGGGGGACACUGAUCAAUCCGACUGGGAUUGCAAUGUGUCGGCGGUCUGACUGUGUAGUAGUGGCACAUGAUGGCAAAAAAAGGAUUAAGCUGUUCGGCUUGAGUGGAAGCUGUAUGCAGCAGUUUGGGGAAAGAGGAGAUGCAGGCAAUGAUAUUAAAUACCCACUUGACGUGACAGUUACAUUGGAUGGCCACGUGGUUGUCACAGACAGCGGAGAUCACUCUGUGAAAGUGUUUGAUUUUAAUGGAAGAGGCAAGCUAAUUAUCAGGGAAUCCUUUUGUUUACCAUGGGGUUUGGAUACCACCCCAGAGAAUGAAAUUAUCCUGUCUGAUCCAGAGGCAGGUGCUCUUUCUCGCUUGACAGCCAAUUUUAGAAAAGGAGAAUUAAAGAAGAUUCAAAAGAUCCAGUCUAACUUAUGCCACCCAAGAGAGGUGGCAGUUUCUCAGACUUCUGGAAUUAUUGCUGUAAUAGAGCACCUGAAAGCUAAGGGACCAAACUACAGCAGCACAAGAGUGAAGAUAUUCAGUGCUGACAUGAAACUCAUUGGCCAGAUGGAUAGCUUUGGUCUGAACCUAGUGUUUCCCUCCAAAAUAUAUGCCACUGCUUUGGUCUUCGACAGAGAGGGACACAUAAUAGUAGCAGAUGCCUAUAACCAAAUUGUAUUGUGCUUGGGAAAACCUGAGGAAUUUCCUGUCUUAAGGCCCAUAAUUACCCAAGGGCUUUCUUAUCCUGUGGCAUUGACUUACACAGCAAACAAUUCUCUGAUUGUCUUAGACAGUGGUGAUCAUUCAAUUAAAAUAUAUACUGCUAGCUGAACUGUUUUGGAUUUUUACUAAUUUUGUUCCAUUUCAGAUUUUAAAAGAAGUCAUUAGGUUUUUAGCAGAUGCAUGUGUGGAUUUUUUCUGCCAUGAUUUUGUGUGAAACUUAUCAUUUUUAUGGACAUCCUGUAUGGUCGUUGACAUUUGCUCAUCAAUUCUGACUUCUGAGUAUGUGUGAGAGACAAAGUGCGUAUUCUAAAUAGCACCAGACAAAGAGACCUCAACCAGAUGGCUUGACAUUUCUUCUAAACUAUUAUACAACUAUUAUUUCUCUCUCUCUAUUUUUGUGUGUUUAAAAUGAACAAUAGUUUUGUGUUAGAUAAUGGAAGAUCCUAGAUCAAUUAUGAAGCAGAGAAUGACUUGCACCUUUUGGUUAUCUUGACUGAAGUCUCGCUUACAAAAUGUUUUUUUGAUAAGGUGAGAGAAUCUCCUGAGAAAGAAGCAGCAAUUUUCAGAAAUUCUAUUAGAAGGGAGACUUUCUAGCUCAGGAGACUGGUAACUGGAAGUAGAACAUUUCACUUCAAGAUUACUUUAAUCCAGUUGAGAUCAGUAGUGACAAAGUAAUGAUCAUUGUUCAAUGGCCAGGUUGAAAUGAGUUGGGUGGUUAAAGUGUAGUUUCCCACAUUACAAAAACCACCAUGAAGUCUGCUAUUAUGACUGUGACUUAAUGGGCCUAGAGACUCACGCACUCAUUCCUAGAGGUAGGCCCAUGAAAGAGUUAAGACAUAGUGAUGGUGCAGCAUUUGGAAGCUUGUACUGUCUGGGCCAUGCAUUUUCUUUAGAGAAUUAUCUUCUAGUGGUCAGGUUUCCCUCAUGCACCACUUCUUCAUUAACACUAACUUUGCUUCUAAAAAUAAAGUUUUAAAAUUUGUAACAAAGACAGUGUCUUAAUGUUUGACCACAGUUAUGCAUUUUUCUGUGUGCCAUGCUUGUAUGAAUUCUUAUAGGUUCUUACACUAACCUCAUCACUGUAGUUUGUGUGCUUGCAUUUCAAUACCCUAGCUGUGAAAUUAUAGUGGAAUAAAAGACAGCUUCUGCACAUGGAUAUAGACAGUGAUGUGGCAGAACUCCAACGGCUCAAAGGUCUAGGCAGUUAUCUGGUCAAAAACUUGUUUGCAGCUCUGCAAACUGAAUUGGGCAUCUUACAGAAACAGACCUUCAUGAGAUUUCUCGUACUUUGUGAUUCUGAGUGACCUUUCUAAUGAAAUAUUAUCACUUCUGCUUCCAAACCUAACCAGAACUAAGUGUAGAUGUGGGUGAGAUGGGCUGGAGAAGGUUAACCUCAUUUUUUCCUCCCCAACGUUCAAAAAAGAUUUUGGGUCAGUUCUUAUUUUAUCCAAGACAGUCCAACUGUGUCUUGUCACUGGUUCUGUUGCUUCUCUGGAUAGCAAAAAUUGAAGAUACAUUGGUAUGACUUAAAUAGGGAUUAUAAUAUUACUUUAGUUGGACUCUUCACUGAACCUUUUUGGCUUUCUCUGCUGCAAAAAAGAGGCUGUUUAAUAACUUUGAAUUAUUAAGUAGUUUGACAGUGGUGGCAGUUUUGAUAUAAGUAUAAAAAACUCUUAUUUUCCUCUUAUUUUCCUUUAAACCUAUUUGGCCUCACAGACUGUGAAUAAGAUAUUCUGUAUUUCCACAUGCUCUGAACCAAAGCCCUUUCAAGUCAGAGGGAGUUUUUCCAUUAAGUUUAGCGGGCUCUUGAUCAGGCUUUUAGAGUAUAUAAUUACUAGAUAAUACUGUACCCCUACCCUAACUGACAAAUCCUUAUUUUAAACAGGACCAGGGCACUUUCAGCAUCUCGUUUCAGACUGAAUAUAUCUUUGUACCUGUCUUGUAUUAAAAUAUUUGAAAGUGAUAGAAUUCUGUUAAAUAAGCUAUUUUCAAAAAGUUUUACUGAAUAGUGACAUACCAGGAUAUUAAUAAUGGUGGGGUUGGACAGUAUCAUGAAGUUUCUGCACUUAUUUAUUAUGGGUUUCUGUUAGUUUACUUCUGUAUAUUCAUUUUUCUUUGGUAUCACUAGAUCUGUUGCAGAGAAACUUUAUAUUAUAUGAGAGAUUUUAUGGAUCUGGACUGUAGAUCUUUUCCAACCCCACCUGCCACACACUAAGGCAGUGAUUCCCAAACUGUGGGGCAUGCCCCCUUGGGGGGCACAGAGGAACAUUUGGUGGGGCAUGUGGGGGGGCUUAGGCCAGCCCCCACUGUGGGUGGGGAUGGAGUGCUCCCCAGCCGCAGCUCCACUCCAUCCCCAGCCCAGCUCUGCCUUGAUUCCUUCUCGGCUCCUCAGAACAGCUCCACCUUCCGCUCAAGCUCCUCCACUGACCAACAGUGCAGUAGUGGGGGGCACGGACAGAUUCCAUUACUGGUAAGUGGAGGCGACAGGAAAAGUUUUGGCACCACUGCAAUAAGGGGUCUGAGGGUGACAAGAUUUGGAUUCUCCAUAAGAAGAAUUCUGCUGCCACAACGGGAUUCCUCUGUGGGUCAGGACACUAAUGCAGGGAGCACUUUGUUACUUCUCUGAGGAGGAAAAAGAACCUCUUCUCCUGCUGCCAGCAAGAGCUUACUAUUAACUGUGGUGUCUGUGGAGGAUACCAAACUGAUUUGAUAGAGGAGAGAGAAGGGCACAGUCUUCCUCAGAGAAUUGAUGUACUUCUAAAUGCAUGGGAAGGGUACCUUAGAUGUAUGUAAAAUAAUGAAGCGUACUAGACAGUUUGACAGUUUAAGGGGCUAGACAGUUUAGGCUGCGAUCCAUCAACUGGCUUGUCCUUUCAACCAGCUUAACCCCUUCCCACACCCACCUCUGGAAAACCCCACUCUCUUGUGCACCAGCACAACAGAGAGUAAGAGUUUGUCCUUACUCUUUAACUCAUGGAUGAAUAAACUUUGGAUCACCUAGAGCCACAAUGGUAACUAGCCAGGAGCUGAAAUACUAACUUAAUUUUUAAAUAAAUUCACACCAUUUUAAAAUUCAAACACAAAAGCCAAGCACAAAACACAAAUUGUCCUUGUACUGUACUUCUCUUUUGAUAGAUAAUAGAAAUAGCUUGAUGAUUGAGUUCACAAACUGCUUUUGUCCCCGACCUGCAGUAGUAGGAAGAUGGCAGCUGAGACAGAAGGAUCUAUUCUAGAAUGCUGCAGACUACACUGACUUUUGCAUGUGUCAAAUGUGUGUUCUUUAGUUGAAUGAUGCAUUAUAUAUUGUGUUUAUUAUGAAUCUCAUUGCUUUGCCUUGUAAAACGCUGGGCAGAGAAACUAUUUAAAAUUCUGUUUUCAGUUAUUAAGGUUGGGUGCCUAAAAUAUAGGCACCUAAAUAAGUGUCCUGUCCUAUGAAAAUGCUGACUACGUGCAGCUCCCACUGACUUCUGAAACUGCAUAAAUAUGGAUGUAGGUGACCAACUUUAGGCACUCAUGUUUGGAACUUUUGGCCUGAGUUAUUGUGUGGCAGGGUAACCAUAUGACUGCAGUACAUUUUUCUCCUCUUGUUUGCUCUUUUAUUCUUUGUAAAUGUGUACUAAAACUUAAAAUUAAUAAAAUGCUAUUUUUUCAGGGG